CGGAGCCCGCAGUCUUGCCAGUCUUGCCAGACGACUCUGACAGUCUUGCCUGGUGACCCGAUGCCCGCUGUCCCGCCAGACGAUGCCCCAGUCUUGCCUGACGACCAGUGACUCGGUGCCCGCCGCUCCGCCUGGGGACGACUCGGUGCCCGCCGCUCCGCCUGGGGGUCCGGUGCCCGCCGCUCCACCUGGGGGUCCGAGUGCCCGCCGCUCCGCCUGGGGGCCCGGUGCCCGCCGCUCCGCCUGGGGGCCCGAGACCUGUCGCUCCGCCUGGGGGUCCGGCGCCCGCCGCUCCGCCUGGGGGCCCGAGACCUGUCGCUCCGCCUGGGGGGGCCGGCGCCCGCCGCCCCGCCUGGGGGCCCGAGAC